AUGCAUAUCAAAUUACUCUCCACUCUGGGAUUGGUGCUCCCACUCUUUGCGGCAGUGGCGCAAGCAAACGUGGAAAAGACCAUAUUCUUGGCACCAGCACCAGCAACCAUCCCAUCCGACGAGCCAGACCUCGACGAUCUAGGUCUUGAGCGUCUAUCGCCUCAGAGCCCCGUGGUGCGCACACGCCUUAAUGCCUCAUUUCCAACAACUGCCGCACCCGACGGCAUAGACUCGUGGUAUUUUCUUGAAAAUCUGAACCCGGGCCAACGGUAUGAAGUACGGGUCUGUUGGUUAGCCACGCAACCAACAUCAUUCACCCUAACCACCUACCCGCUCUCCAAAACCAUUGAAGACACAGCCCUCCUGUCGUCAUUGAGCAUCUACACAGCUGCCCGUCUUGCAACGCUAGAUAACCAACUUCAAGCAAAUGCCAUUUCACGUCGCACCGGUCUUCGUGGUAGCAAGGACUCCCUCGAUCCCGCGCCAACCAGUGACUCGGUCCUGUUUCUGCGCGUGCACGCCGCAGCAGAUUAUUUCACUACCAAUCAGUCAUUGAUGCAGAAUGUGCCCCCCGUGGCAGUCGAUAUAAUCCUUGACCCAUUCUUGUUCAAUGUUUUCCCGCGCUCGUUGGUGCCAACUGCCGGGUGGAUUGUACUUGUUGCUCUGCUUGCGGUGGUGCUUGGAAGGUGGGUUGUUAAGGAGGUUGGGAGGGCUAUCGAUGAUGCUAGAAGGCAAAGUGCUUUGGAGGAAAUGAAAAGGAAAUGA